AUGCAUAAGCAGCCUCCAAAAUCACACAAUUCAUCAGCUUCUUCUUCCCUCUCAAUUCUCUCUCUCACAGUUACAACAUCACCACCAUGGAUCACCUCCUCCUUUCUGGUCUUCCCUGUUAAAAUAAGCAAGAAAGAAGCAUCAAAAGGCCACCGGAGUAGCCUCCUGCCACCACUGAAUCACCCUCCUGCCAGCAAUCACCCACCACCCAUUGCAACCUUCAAACACCCACUUCCACCACCCAAGAACUUCAUCCCUAAGCUGUCAUUGCUAUUAAUUUCGAUCCCCAAAAGCUUCUCCAUAAUUGUUGCAUCGAAAUACUGGAAAUUGGAUUUAUCCCGGAAAUCACGACCUCUCGGCAACGCAUCUCGACAUUCAGAACUACUCUUUAACCACUCGAUAAGGAAAUCAGUGAAAUUUCGGGCACACUCAGACGAUGGAAAACAUGGCUCGCAAUCGCACAGCCCGGCAUGUUCCGCCGCCUCGGCCGGGGGUGUGACAGAAGGUCAAGGUUAUGAGGAACAAGGAAGUGCCUCUGGUGCAGGUGCAGUGGCAGCAUAG